AUGGAAGGACGAGUCCACUGCUGUUCCGGCGAUUCCGCCACCACCACCACCUCCUCCACCGGCGAGAAGCGCAAGCACGGCGGCGGCGGCGGGGGCAGGACGCAGGCGGAGAAGCCGUACAGGGGGAUAAGGAUGAGGAAGUGGGGGAAGUGGGUCGCCGAGAUUCGGGAGCCCAAUAAGCGGUCCAGGAUCUGGUUGGGCUCGUACUCCACCCCCGUCGCCGCCGCGCGGGCCUACGACACCGCUGUCUUCUACCUACGUGGGCCCACGGCCCGGCUUAACUUUCCCGACCUAAUUCUCCAGGAGGACCAGCUCCGCGGCGACGACGUCUCCGCCGCCAGCAUCCGCAGGAAGGCCACCGAGGUCGGCGCGAAAGUCGACGCCCUUCAGAGCUCUUCCGCCGCCGCGGCGGCGGUCCACCACCAUACACCCACCUCGUCCUCCGGCGCCGAGGACAGCCACACCACCACCGCCUCCGCCGCCAGACCGCCGCCGCAGAAACCGGAUUUGAACGAGUACCCUAAUCCUGAAAAUUCCGACGACGAGGAGGAUUAA